CCUUCUGUUUGAGGCUUCCUCAGCUCAGAGCACAUGAACUACUGCAGCACACUGAAUCCAGCACACCCUGCAGAUCUACCAGGCCCACUGGGAACCAGGGCACGUUCCGAGGGGCCCAACGCAUGGUCUGAGACCCAAUGACUGUACGGUAGAGCCAGCCAAAAAGACAGCGAAGCUGAAUGCGACUGAACAGAAGACCAGCCUGCAGCAGCAGCAGCCUCUGAAUUUAGCUGACAAUUCAGACCGAGCUGAUCACGAUGACUCCCUCCUUUAACAUCACCUCAGGAAAUGCUUCAGAGGGGAAGGAAUGCAUCCUCAAUGACCAGAUGGGCCCCUUUAUUGUCCUCUACUGUCUCAUCCUCAGCUUAGGUCUGCCUGGGACCCUGCUGUCAGUGUGGGGGUUCAUCCUAAGCUGCAGGCCUCAGAUGCGAAGCACCACCGUCUACUUGAUCAACCUGCUUCUAGCCGACAUCCUGCUUCUCCUCGUGCUCCCAUUUAAGAUUUUGAAGGACCUCCAGGCAGCACCAUGGGAGCUCAUGGUGUUCCAAUGCCAAGCCAGUAGCGUCACCAUGUACAUUAGCCUGUACGCAUCCAUCGCCUUCCUCGCCUUCAUCAUCGUAGACCACUACCUCAAGGACCGCCACACGGCGCAGUCUCUGCGGCUGCAGGAGGCCGGCUUUGCCUGGCUGCUUUCGCUGGUGGUCUGGAUGCUGCUGCUGCUCAUCAUGGUGCCAAACAUGGCUCUUCCCACAAAGGAGGUUGAGGUGUCAAAGUACCUCAAAUGUAUAUCAUUGAAGACGGACCUUGGGCUCCACUGGCACAAUCUGACUGUGUUCCUCAACACGACCCUGUUCCUCAACACCUCUGCAGCCGUGCUCGUCUCCAGCGGCCUUGCCCUAAAGAGAUUUCUGCGCAGACGCAGCGACCCUAAACUGUCGCAGGACUCCAGGCGUGUGGUGUUGAGCGUGACCACCAUGGCGCUGGCCUACAUCCUCAGCUUCGUCCCUUACCACGUGUUGCGGACCCCGUAUACGCUGACCCAGAAUGAUUUCAUCAAGAACUGCAAUACCAGAAGGCAGCUUUUCCUGGGGAAGGAGUCGACGCUGUUUCUGAGCCUGCUGCAUGUCUGCCUCGACCCGUUGCUCUUCUUCAAUCUCGAUGCUCCGUUCAGAGUACGAGUCAGAAGGCUACUUUCCUGCAGCAGAUACCAGGCUGCCAUCACAGAGGAGCAGGUUGUGGAGGAGGAGAUAUCACAGAAUGGCGAUGGAAAGCAGGAUGCAGCGUACAACAACUCUAAAUAUGAACAGGAAUUGACUUAAUCUACACAGUUUCCAGACACAUGAACUGGAUACAGUCGGAUUUAAUUAGCUACAAAAUGUAAAUAAGAUCAGGAAUGUACUGUUAAUAAACAUUAUUUGAUUUUUUGA